GACUUGUCGUAACUGUUACAUAAUGAACUUUUGAGAUCCAGAGAACUUUUUAAAUUUUCUGAACGAGAUGAACUUUAUUGAUGAUGAUUUUUUAUUGGCACUUGAACUACAAGAACAACUAGACAGAGACUCAUGGCAGCCCUCACAAUCAGUAGCUAAACCCAGUGCUAACCUGUCUAUAGUGGAUGAGAGUUGGGAAACAAUUGACCCUAACCCUGACAUCAGGGAACUCUUCUUACAAUUUAAUGAAGAAUUCUUCUGGGGAAGAUUAGCAGGAAUAGAGGUGAAAUGGAGCCCAAGAAUGACCCUAUGUGCUGGACUUUGUGUUUAUGAAAGAAGAGGAGGUUUAUGUUCUGUCAGGUUGAGCUUACCUUUGUUAAAGUUACGACCUAGAAGAGAUCUGGUAGAAACAUUACUGCAUGAGAUGAUACACGCCUACCUUUUUAUUACAGAUAACAAUAAGGACCAUGAUGGACAUGGGCCAGAAUUCCAUAAACACAUGUAUAGGAUUAAUGAUGCCACAGGAACUAAAAUAUCAGUAUAUCAUAAUUUCCAUGACGAGGUGGACCAUUUCAGACAACACUGGUGGAGAUGUAACGGACCAUGUCAAACUCGAAAACCAUACUUUGGUUAUGUAAAGCGAGCCAUGAACCGAGCUCCGUCAGAGAGAGACCCCUGGUGGAAGGACCAUAAGAACAUGUGUAAUGGAACUUAUGUUAAGAUAAAGGAACCAGAAGGGUAUGGGAAAAAGAAGUCAAAAGAUAAAAGUGAAAACAAGGAGAAGAAAGAGACAAACAAGGAGAGAAAAGAGACAGAUUUGGGUAAAGCAGGAAAAAAGACAAAUCCUGAUAUAAGGUCAUUUCUUGGUAAAGGGCAAAGGUUACAAUCAGAAGGUUCACAGAAAAAGAUGGUUAUUAAUGGGGUCUUGACAACAGUUGAUAAAACUGGUAAACCAUCAACAUCAAAGCCAGAUAAUGAUAACCAUGGUAAUAAACACAUUACUUCUAAGUCUGUUGUAAAAGACUCGCCAAAAAAGACUGUGAGGACAAGUGUUAACGCAAUCACAACAUCAGGGGAAAUCUCUGAUAAAGAAUUAUUACGGCAGAAAAAAUUUGCAGAAUUGAUGUUAUCUGACUCCGAUGAUGAUGACCUUAUUCUAUGUGAUGGGCCAGAAAUAAGGGAAAAAUCUAAUGAAUCAAACGGGAAAUAUGACAAUGCAGAUGUAAAACAGAAGAAUUAUCUGAACAAUUCUACAAAUGAAAAAUGUUUUGAUGAAAGUAAUUAUGAUUCAAACUCUUCAGCAAAUAUGGAUCAUACUGAAAGUAUAAAAACUAAGGAUUUAAUGACGCAGGUGAAUUCGAAACAAAAUAAUGAUAAAAGUUUACCAAAAUUAAAUUCUGACCCAAUAAGUCAACUAACUAGAACUUCUUCAGUGGACAGUGAGGUAGCUUCUAAAGUACGCAGUGUCUGGGCAAAUAAACAGUUUGGGUCAUCAUUGAAAAUAUUAGAUCCAAAAGCAGACAGUCCUUCAUUAAUACCUAAUAUAUCCCUAAGCCAGGUUUUAGUGAACAGUCAAAAUAAAUCUCAAGGUCAUUCAUUCAGAAACGAUCAUUAUCAAGGUCAUUCAUCAGAGAACAGUAAUUAUAUAUCUCAAAGUUAUCCAUCAGGAAACGGACAAAAUAAAUCUGAAAAAUAUUCAUCAGGAAAGAGAUUAUCAGGCGAUGAUAUGACUGGGAGCAGGAAGAAACAGAAAAUUGAUCAGGAAUCAAAAAUCGAUGAAGUUUUUAGAAAAAUAAACAACAAACAAAAUGAGAAUUGUGAUCCUAGUAAUGCCAAUUGUCCGGUGUGUAAUAAAUCUGUACCCUCUGUCAAUAUAAACCAACACUUAGAUCAAUGUUUAGGGAUGAACUAGCUUUCAUUAAAACAUUUGUUUUUCUACCUCUGCUAUGGUACAUGUUUAGAGUUAUUAUGUACAUUCCUGAUCUAUGUGAUGGUUGAACAUGGGACAUAAAUGCAAUAUAAAUUAACAUGAUUAAUGAGAUAUUAAUUUUAAUGUGAGUUCUACAUUUUCUAAUAAAUGUGAUACUGGU